AUGGGUAAAAGAGCCAGACCAGCAGAGGGACAGAAGUCCAGAAAGAAGUAUAAAAUCGCCAACGGCAUUUUAGAACCAUGUGUAUCCGGAAUUUAUGCUACAUGUGCUCGUAAGCAUGAAAAACAAGCUGCGCAGGAAUUGGGACAAUUGUUUCAAGACAAAGUUGACGAAUUGUACUGUAACGACCUUGCUGAGAGCCAAGAUACCGCUGAAGACAAUGCAGAACUUUCAGUAGAAGAUCAAAUUAAGAAAGAACUACAGGAACUUAAAAGUGUACCGCGUGAUGGUCAGAAAGCCAAGAAAGAAGUUCUGAAGUUCAUUGAUCUCAAUUGCGAAUGCGUUGUUUUUUGCAAAACCCGUCAGCCUGUUCAGCCGGCAGAUUUCGUUCAUGAACUGAUGCAAGAUUUUGCAAAUCCCAAUAAUAUGCAAAAGCGUACUAGGUAUGUGCAGAAACUCACACCAGUAACAUUUUCGACAAGUGCUUCGAUGGUGGAAUUAACCAAGCUUGCAGAACAAGUCUUGAAGUCGCAUUUCCACGUUGAAGGUGUCACCCCGCUGAAAUUCGCAGUUGAAGUGACUAGAAGGAACUUCAACACCAUUGAAAAAAUGGAUAUCAUCAAGGAAGUUGCCCGGGUUGUAGGUAAAGGAGGCCAACUGGGUCAUACCGUUGAUCUCAAAGAAUACGACAAACUUAUACUUGUCGAGUGCUUUAAGAACAAUAUUGGUAUGUCGGUGGUCGAUAGCGACUACCGUACCAAAUACAAGCGCUACAACGUGCAGCAAAUCUACGAAGCGAAAUUCAAGGAAAGAGAGGCGGUCUAA